AUGCUAUUCGACGGCCUCAAGUUCUUCCUCACGCGGACGCUCUCCCGCGACGACGUCGCUGAAGUGCAGCGUCUCAUCGAGCAGCAUGGCGGGAUCGUUUCCUCAUCACCCGCAGGCGCCACCGAGCUCGUAGACUACGACAAACUAAACUCGCAACGUCCUGAGUGGGUCUCCACCGCCUUCAUCAAGGACUCAGUUGCCUCUGGGAAGCUACAUGAUCCUGCAAAAUACUCGGGCAUCGUAUUCACCUCUAAACCGACUCAACUUCAUCGCAAAGGGCGAGUUAAAUACUCGGUGGAGGACGACGCGCGGCUGCUGCACUUCGCCAACCAGCGCGGCUGGCAAUCGAUGAAGUCGGUACCGGCGAGUGUCUGGAAGGCCGCAGAGAACGAGCACGUGACGAACCACACGUGGCAGAGCAUGCACGAGCACUUCAAGAAGCAGCUGCGAACCAAAACACCCAAGGAACAGCGCGACAUCAUGGCAAGAGCCUCGGAAAUAAUUCGAACACGACUACAACAACAACAAGAGCAAGAUGAGAUAGAAGAAACUGGAGCGAGGACGUCACGAUCCCCUUCAGCUCCAAAGACGCCGGCUUCUACAGGAUCUAGAACUCCCCAGAGAGCUCCUUCUACCCCUGCUACGAGCUCGCCACCACGUCCCCAACCUGGGGAAAGAGCUCAACAGAAACGCAAGAGAAAGUCACGUGCUAUUGUCGUUGAAUCGAGUCCAGAUGAGAGCGAAGAUGAAGAGAAUGCCGACGAGACGAACAAAGCCCAUGGCGUCUAUUUCCGAAGCGCGUUUGCAGAGAUUGCAGCCGAUCCCAGUAAAAGAGCGCGUCUACAGGCUUUAUUCUACACCUCAAUGCUGGAAGGCGCUCAUCAGAGACGUGAAAGCAGCGUGGCCAGAGAAAGCGAGGAACCAGAAAUCCAGCCUCAAGAAGACUCUGUUAGCAGUAGUGGCCAGACGGAGCUACUACAAACCAGUCGAGUGGACGUGCAACGCGCAACGGAGGAGCAAACGGAUGAAAUCAUUUGCCUGCUCCAGCUCGAGACGCAUCAGCAGAUGCCUGCGGUUGUGCAUGCUCUGUAUUAUUGCAGCGGAGAUGUCGACAUGGCGAGAAAAUUAUUGAAUGGAGCUUCGCCAUCAGGUGUGUGGACGCCGGAAGACGAUCUACUACUUGUGGACCUGAUGGUCGAUGAGAACAUUGGUCGCUCCGCUGUGGAUGCUGCUGUGGCACGUGGGGGCUUUACGUCCAUGCAAGUACCCCGCGACACAGACGCCAUUCUGGAGCGAGUCCAGUUUUUGCGGUGA